GUCACGACCCAGCGCACGCUCCUGGAGCGGCGGCAGGGAGCUGCCAGGCCAGAGCGAGCGAAAGAGCCCGCACGCUGGCCUCGGCCCCAGCGUCUCCCGGGGCCGAAGCCCGGCCUCCAGCACAGACGGAGCCGGGCUCCGCCUCGCUGCCUCGUGACAGGUCGGAGGCGGAGCUCGGGGAUCGUUUGACUCGGUCCCGCCCGGGCGGCUCGUCACGCAGGGACAGCGCCGAGCCAUGGAGCCAGCCCGGCUGUUCCUGGGGCUCCUGUGCGCCUCCGCGGCGCUGGCCGCCUCCAGCCUCCACCAGCGCGCCCCGCAGCCCGAGCCCCUGCUGCUGGAGGAGGAGCCGGAGCUGGGCGAGUCCCCCUCCGGCUCCCUCUGGCCUCUACCCCGCUCGCUCCGCAUCCUCCCGCGCCAGCUCCAGCUGGCCCCGGCCCGCUUCGAGCUGGUGCACGGCCCGGGCUCUGCGGCGGGGCCCGGCUGCGCCCUCCUGCAGGACGCCUUCCGCAGAUAUUACGAGUACAUCUUUGGUUAUUCCAAAUGGCAAAAUCAGGGUCAAAGACAGCGUGGUGCCGGAACAGAGUUAUUGCAGCUUCAAGUCAUAAUUGGUUCCAAAGACUCUGAGUGUGACAAUUAUCCCAACAUCACGUCAAAUGAGGCCUAUCAGCUUAGUGUAACAGAACCUGUGGCAGUACUGAAGGCAGAAAAGGUCUGGGGUGCAUUAAGAGGUUUGGAAACCUUCAGUCAGUUGGUCUAUGAAGAUGACUACGGGAGUUUCCUUAUCAAUGAAUCAGAAAUCACUGACUACCCAAGAUUUGCUCACAGAGGAAUCUUACUUGAUACAUCAAGACACUUUCUACCCCUCAAAAGCAUUCUUACAAACCUGGAUGCCAUGGCUUUUAACAAGUUUAACGUUCUCCACUGGCACAUAGUAGAUGACCAUUCGUUCCCUUACCAGAGCAUCACUUUCCCCAAGUUGAGUGGCAAGGGCUCUUAUUCCUAUGAUCACAUCUAUACUCCGACUGAUGUCCGUCUGGUGAUUGACUAUGCUCGGUUAAGAGGCAUUAGGGUUAUCCCCGAGUUUGAUAGCCCAGGACAUACACAAUCUUGGGGGAAAGGUCAAAAAGACCUUCUCACACCAUGUUUCAGUGGAGAGCACCAGAGUGGUUCUUAUGGACCUGUAAACCCCAUUUUGAAUACAACUUAUCACUUCAUGACUGACCUCUUCAAAGAAAUUAGCAGUGUAUUUCCUGAUGCCUACAUCCACUUGGGAGGAGACGAAGUGGACUUUACUUGUUGGAAAUCUAACCCUGACGUGACAGAGUUUAUGAUGCAGCAAGGAUUUGGCACUGACUAUGCUAAACUGGAAUCUUACUAUAUUCAGAAAAUCUUGGAUAUUGUUUCCUCUGCUCACAAAGGAUACAUAGUCUGGCAGGAGGUAUUUGAUAAAGGAGUAAAGCUAAAACCUGACACAAUAGUUGAAGUGUGGAUAGGGAGUUUGUAUACUGUAGAACUAAGCCGUGUAACAGGAGCUGGGUUCACCACUAUCCUAGCAGCCCCCUGGUACCUAGACUAUAUUAGUUAUGGACAGGAUUGGAAGAAAUACUACAGCGUUGAACCACUCAACUUCAUUGGGUGUGAAAAGCAGAAAAAGCUGGUGAUAGGUGGAGAAGCCUGCCUUUGGGGAGAAUUUGUGGAUGCAACUAACCUCACACCAAGAUUAUGGCCUCGAGCAAGUGCUGUUGGGGAGCGGCUCUGGAGCAGUGAAAAUGUGACUAACAUAGGGGAUGCUUAUAACAGACUAGUGAAGCAUCGUUGUCGCAUGCUCAGACGUGGAAUAGCAGCUGAACCCCUGUUUGUUGGGUAUUGUGAUCAUGAAGCUAGAGACCUGUAACUGCUGCAGCAAGAUUUUCCAGAAUUACCUGAAGUGUCUUUGUGGGAAGUGAAUCUACACAUUCAACACCUGAAAUUUGCACUGAAAAAAAAAAUCCUGAAAUGCUGGAAGUUUCAGAGAUGUUUUAAAACUAUAAAAAUUGAUACCAAUGCAAUAAUAAAUCACAGUAGAUGUACAGAGAAUCAAGGACUCAUUUACUGAAACCUCUGUGGAGUUAUGCUGUAUGUAUGUAGCAGGUUUUAUUCCUAUUGAACAUGUAUAAUUCCAAAUGGCAGCUACCCAGCACUUGACAUAGAUGUCACCAUCCAUAUAGAUGUCAACUGGAAUUCUUCACUCUACAAUCCUUGAGCAUGACAGACCACUCAACGUUAGGCAGUAGAGGACAACAGAACACUGUGCCUAGAGGCUCAGAGCUUACAGUAAACUAGCAUUAAGUGGUAAAGGCAAGUUAUUUAUAUAAAUGUGUGACCAUAAGGGAUAUGAACAGUACACUUUUGAUAAAGCACUUAAUCUGUUACAGCUGUAUAAGUAUUAUGUUAGCAAAAAAGCUUUCUCAAAUCUACUCUGGAUAGAGUAUGAGGGGAAGAGGAAAGUAGUUCAUUAUCUGUGUCUAAUCAAUCCUUAGUCUGCUACCUCAAAUAACCCAGAGGUGGCAGAGAACUGGAAUGAGACUAGACAAUUUCAAGAAGACAAGUUCUGAUCCCUAGUGACCCAGAGUUGACUGGCUAUAUGAUGUACAUUACUGUAAAUCAUUCAUUUACUCUUGAGGGUCAGAUUCGUAUAAGCUGGACUUUGCACUUAAUACAUAAUGCUAGCAGCAGAAACAAUUCUUCCUUUAAAUAAGCAUAGCAUUAUUGGGCACAGAUCUUGGAAUGAUCCUGCACUUAACCAACAUUUCCCCCUUUCCACAAAAGGUUUUUGUCCUAUACAAUAUUCUUCACUCUACCUCUAUCUAAAUUUGUUUCAGUAGUUAAACCAUGAUGCCCAAACUACUAUUUGCUAUAGCCAUGUUGGUCCCAGAAUAUUAGAGAUACAAGGUGGGUGAGGCAAUGCCAUUUAUUGGACCAACUUCUGUUAGCGAAAGACAUAAGCUUUUAAGCUGAUACAGGGCUCACUCACCUUAUAUGCUACCUACUCUGUACCAUACAACAUUCUAACAUUAAGGCAAGUAAUUCUUGUUUGCUCAGCUUAAAUUAAAGUAGGAGUUUUCAGUGUUCAGUUGAAGCCAGACCAACAGAAGACGCUGACUAGCAGAGUGGCCAAUAGUUAAGUUUACUUUUAUAUGUGAAAUAUUAAACGUUUUAAAAACAACAUACUUUACUUACUACAUACUUUAGGUGAAACAGUUCUGACAUGAUUCAGUAAGUUGCAUGUAGUGCUCACUUUCACAGAAAGAGCUGCACCAUCAUUUCUUGUAGGGGAUUUGGAAUGUUGUCUUCCAGUAAGGUAUCAGUUCCAACUGUUAGGCAUGUGACAUGUAGUACAUGGAAUAUGGUGGAUAUCAAAACAGUCAAUUCUAGUUAUCUCUGGUUUAACUCCCUUCAUGCAAACAAGGAAAUUCCAGGAUUUCACAGCACUUUUUUCUUUGCCACUUACCACUGGACAGCUGUAGCAUGUUAUUUUAAGACCGCUCUAACCCCACACACUUUACCCCACCCAUUUUUCAGAAAGAGGAUACUUGGCAAACAGUUCCCCUAACAUUUUCUAGUGAGAAUAAAGCAGGUCUUCAUUGUUCUCCCAUGGAAUAAAGUGGUCACACCAACCCACUCCUCUUCUGAAGCAGUGCGCUUUGCUCCUGAAUGUUCAUGGCUUGGUAACUGGCUAGUUCCAAAGUGAAAGUUGCUGAGCCUGAUGUUAAAGAGCGCAGAACUGUUGAGUAACCCUAAACAAAAAGCAAACCAUAUUUAAAUGUAAGUACUAUAAUCAAAUAAAUUUAGGGUUGGGUGUAGAUAAAGAAAGCUUUCUGCCCUGGUUUAAUUUACUACAGUGUGAUUCAGCUGGGGAAAAGACUAUCACAAGCAUAAUACAAAAUAUACAGUAAACAUUACCUUUUUUAAUAGAUGCACUAUUUUUCACCCAUAUUCCCAAUAUUAGAGAAACAAGUGUUGGUUCAGUACAACAUAAAUGAUGAGACAUUUUCUUUCAUAGCUGUAUGAACCACACUGUAUCCUCCCGAGAUCUUAGUCCAGACCUUCAGCAAAAUUAGAAAUAUCAGUUCCUCACUUCAUCAUGUGAAAACAACUGCAUAUAUCAAAAAGAAUCAGAAAUGGGCAGGCACACCAUUUUUGCUUUGCUUUCAUCAUUAUCGCCACCACAUACCAUCAUUUCUGCUAGGGGAACAGCUGCAACCACUACUUUGUUAUCCUGACGAUUUUGGAUUUCCUGAAUGCUGCCUCUUCUCUGCGCAAGGUCACCAAGCACUGCGCUGAGGAGCUCUUCGCUCACUGUAAUUUCCAGAUUCAUUAAGGGUUCCAGCAGUUGUUUACUGGCUUUCUUUAAAGCCUAAAAUCGAAAAGUAGUAAGUUACCCUUGGCUCCCUUUUAAAAAUGCAAUUCUUCUAUGGUGUGGACUAUAUAAUGAAACUAACUUCUGUCUCAUAAUCCCUACAUCCCCUAGGGUAUGUUCCUACAGAGCAUAUUAGAUCAGAGAAAAAGGAAACCUAUGCUAUACCGAUAAUUGUGUGUCUACCCGCACACCUCACUUUCCCUACACAUGAACCAGAGAUGACAACAAUUUAUUACUAAGAGGCCUCCAGCCAUGUCUCAGCCCCCAACAGCAGUAGAAAACUAUAUUAUGCCAGCACCAAGUGUUAAGGGAAAAAAAAAAGUAUACAAACAUCAAGAAUCCCUUGAUUCAGUGAGAACAACAAAACAUGGUGACAUGAAACAAUGGUUAUUGCAAGUUAAUAUGUUAAAAGAAACGAAGUAGCUGAAAUUGAAGGCUUUAAAGCUUAAAAAAAGCAAGAUGUUGUAAAUUAAUGGUACAGUACCUCACUUUGGAAUAGGGUAAUAUUGACCCACGAGACCAAGGCUAAAAGGGACAAAAAUAUUUUGACAGGAAAAAAUAUAGGCUACAGAGGAGCUUAGUAAACCCAAGAAAGUGCCGGACUUCGCUCCAUGCAACAAGCCAUAUUACAUAUAAUCUCCAAUUCUUAACUAAUUCAACCCAGGUAACACCACACAAAAGGGUAAGGAUUGAUGCCAAAAAGCUGAGUGAAUAUUCCCACAGUGCAAUCUGCUAUAAUCUGGGGGCUCCCGAAGGGGGUGUUAAAGAGCUUAUUUUAUUCCUAUUGAUUAUACAAUUUUAUUUGAUACGCUACCUAUCAUACUCUAGAUAUCUAAAAUAGUUUGCAAAAAAAAACUACUGGUGCUGUAAUCACAGGCAAUGGUGUUAUGCACUUCAAUAGCUCACACCGAGUUUUAAGCACUAGAGCCAAUUUUACCAAGAAUGCAUUACAAAGCCCAUAGCAAAAAAAGUUUCAUUUUUCAGCUGACAGCAACUGUAUACAUGGCUACAUACAAAGCUGGAAAGUGGUACAUGCCACUAAAGUACAGACACUAAAGUGCACAAGAUCAGUACAAAUUCAGAACUGAUUUUUUAGGAUUAAUAAGAAAGAUUCCAAUAGGAUGUGUGAAUUAAUAAUGGGCAGAGAAAGUAGAAGCUACAGGGAACACACUCCUGAUGGAAAGUAAAGACAAAUAAUGUGACACUACAUAAGAAGUAACUGAGAGUAUAUCUUAAAUCUAUGCAAAAUAUAACGCAGAUCACAAAAACUGCCAAGAGAACACAAUGAUAAAAUCCAAAUAUUCCCAAGGUAAACAGCCCUCCAGAUGUAAAGAAAAUUAUGUUGAUUUUCAACAUGAAAGACUAAAGACCUAUAUGUACACCUGGAGGAGUUUAAAUAUUUUGCUGGAAGCUACCUGGCUAGAGGUGACAAUCAAAAUUCUGAAGGACAUCAAACAAGGGAAAAAGGAAGAUUCAAGACAUUCCUUAUGUUGUGAGUGUUGUAUAUGUUUCUGAACAAGUAAUAAGGUGCACACAUCUCUGCCAUCUUCCUAAAGGCUGCAUUUUUGUCUAAAAUAUGCACCAUCAUAUUUUCCCAUGAAACUGCACUGUAGUUGCAUUAUACCUUUUGCAUACAACGAGAAACACAAGCAGAAAUCAUAGUCAGGGAAGUUUCAGAGUGCAUGGUCAUGGAAUACAAAAUCACUGCUACAUCCUGAACUGGGAAUCCUAGGAGCGGUCCUAGACAAAGAACAAACAAUGUGUUAGCAUUACAAUGUUUCAUGUCAUUUUUCAUAUUAUUAAGUUAUGGAAAAAGUAUUUUGGGAUUAACCUGAAGGGUCUGACAUCCCCUCUGACCUACUCAGUAGACAAGUUAUUUGUUUUAUUUCGUGCUCUAACCAUCAUUUUAUCAUUGUCCAACUUUGCCAAAAGGGGCAGAUAGGCAAAUCAUAAUGUAGUCUUGUGGUUUAUUAUCCCUCUUGGUCAACAGCAUAAGCAACAUUUGCCAGAAUUAGGUCUCUGAUGUUCCCAGAGUGCAUUAUAGAAACAAAAAAAAGUGGACCAAAUUAAUCUUACAGAAGAAAAAAGAAAUCAUUUUCAGAAUAGACUUGACUGCUAAAGUGUCUUCAUAAAGAGAGAGAACAUUUAAUUAUGAUUAAAGAUGUAAUGACAUUCAUGUUAAUCAAAAACAGAUGUACCACCAUACCACUUUUUUAAUAAAUUGUUAUAACAACUAAGGGCAACGGCUGACUUCCUGAUCCAAAUGUAGAUUUUUAACUCUUCUGGAGUGAGGUCAGCUGCCUCCAUGGCACCAUUUUCUUCCCUUCCCAAAUCCUGAAGAGCAUUCUUAGCAAAACAUGGAACUGUGUGGGGGAAUAGGCAGAGGCCCAGAAUGGGUAAGGACAGGACUUGGGGAAAACAAAACAACCCCACCCCACAGUCCAGCAGUCCCAAAAGGAGGUAUUAUGACCAGAGCACCUUUUCUGCAACUCCCAUUUAAGUGAGAGGAUGUAUGCCUGAGGAAGACACACGUCAGGUAGGCCCUGAUAGUGGGGCUCUGAAACCAGCAGGUGGCUUAUUUCAUGCCAGGAGUGCGGAGCAAACUCUGUCCCCAUCAAAAUAUUAUGGGAAAAACUCUACAGUGUUUUCCAUCCAGAGUUUUUCUCCCCUUACCGCCACAUCUUCCCACUGACUUUCCUAUAGUAAAGAGCAAUUUGGCCAUGUUAUUAACUUAUAUAGUAAGAGUAUAGUUAAUGUUGUUUUGUGAUGUCAAGAGAUUGUUAGUAAUAAAACUGAAUACCAAUAAUCAAUCAGUACAAUGUGUCUGACGAGUCUGAUGUUUUGUCCAUAUUUGAACUUCAGAUGAUUAUUAUUUGCAGUUACUUACUGGGCAAUGGGCUGGAUUUGAAUCAGUGAUUCAGAGCUACAUUAGCCCUCUGUCAUUUUCUCUGAAUUUGUGCUGUGCUCUCUUUUGCAUUAUGACUGCUACACUCCUUUUUCCCCAUUAUUUCUUAUUUUCCCUUCUGCCUCACACUGCCCUUUCACUCCAUUUCCUGAUUUGUGUUUUCCAUGAUGUCCUGAACCAAAUAUCUUAGCAGUACAAAGAAACUUCACUGGAACCCCCCACUUUGAUGUGCUGGCCAAGGAGGUUUCAGAGACUGAGAUUUCUGUUAACUUCACAGUGCAUGUCAGAGAUGGUGAGAAACACCAACCAACAUGGUAACACAGAAUGAAGUUAUAGAGCAACAGUUUAAUGCCUUU